CUUCAAUCACAAUGAAUUCUUGCUCUACAGCCACUUAUUGCCAGUGUGAGUGUUGUGGUGCGGGCGGGUAAAUACAACAAUCUUCAAGUUCCUUAAUUUGAUUGUCUGUACUCUGUAGUAGUUACAUUACAAGUACUAGACCCGAGCCGCUCGUCGUCGUUUGCUUGUGGAUACUGAUAAAUAUCAUUCUUUCAGUGAGAAAAAAUGGAGGACGAGUUACAUGAAGUUCGCGAAAGGUUCUAUAUUGGUGCCCAUGGUGCGGCUCUAGAACGCGCGCAGAGCACGCAGACACGUAAUGACCUCACAGAAGCGGAGCGGAAAGGAAUUGAGGCAAGAUGGUACUAUUUGAUAGGUCCGACCACAACGACCGACGAUUUAUUUGCCUAUCCGUAGCUCUACUUCUUCCUCUUUUUGCCUCAUAUCCGCGGACAGAGAAACUAACAAAUAGUAGAUCAAAUAAGUAAAUAUGUUUGCACUAUGUAUCGGAUGAGCUACGUCGAUCCUCAAUCACGAUCUAAUUCCUUUGAUUCCAGUUACCUUUCCCUCGGAAAGUUUUCGCAGUUGAAAGACUUAAGAACAAGUCCGGAAGCGUCCCAAAGAUGUUGUGCGCUAUUUGCGAUGUUUACGAAGGCAAAGGAGGCAACUCAUAAGCAGAAAGCUUUCGCGGAUUUAGUCGAACUAGCGAAAACUAGUAGAGAUCAGACAGCGACGUAUCUUGCAGCUUGCGCGCACGCAAUUCAGGGAGAACCAGUAGAAGCAGUAAACCUUGUGCAGGCAAAUGGUACUAUUUUUGAUCUGCUUCUGAAACUGUGAUGUACGUACUUACUUUCUAUUUCUAGUUUUUUUAGUAAUGAAAGUAACGUACUAGGCACACCUCCAACUGUGACUGUGGCUAUGUACUCCUAGCUUCCCGUCUACUCUACAAGGUUUAUCAACCGCAGAGAUGCAAGCUCUCACAACGCAGCUCUUGAUCGCCAUGAACAGGGUAGACUUAGCGCAAAAGCAACUAACUACCGUAACGAGCAUUAGCGACGACCACGCAAUUUCGAAGAUGGCUGGUGCCAUGGUCAAUCUCGCCAGAGGUGACUUUCAAGAAGCAUUUCUCCUCUACUGCGAUGUGGAAGCACAGUAUUAUUAUUCAUAACUCGUUAUUAUGUACUAUGUAUUGGUUAUUCAUUCUUACUCGCCAGUAGCUAAGUAGUACAACUAGUAGAACAAGGAAGCAGAUUUCUCGAAUCUCGCGUCGACAGCUACGGAAGUGAGAGACUUGCUGUUUAGUAAGACUGACAACCAAGUACCUUGCUCGACACACACUUUAAACACCUGGCGAAGGUAUGGUGAUGAUAUCGCAGCGGUCCCGUCCAGCACCAUAUCAAAUGGGAAGGCUGCAGCAAACAUGCAGCGAGGCAAUUUCUCCGAAGUACCCGAAGAACUACAAAAAAUGCACGAAAGCUCACCAGGGGAUCAAGAUACACUGGUACUAGUUCUUACUUGUAAUGGAACAAGUUGACUUUUAUCUGAACAAAAACAAUUCAACUUCUGGGAAAAAAAAACUUCUUUAUCUUCAUGUUUAAACAAACUAGUAUAAUCGAUUGAUAUUCGUUCAGGUGAACAUGUGCGCCACCAGUAUCUACACGGGUAACGAUGAGGAUGCUGCAAAAUACAUAGCAACGCUCCGGAAAGUAGCGCCAGAACAUGCAAUUAUUCGCAAACUUGACCAUUUAGUGUCGAGUAUCCAAAAUUACAAGCCAUAGUUCUUUCACUCCCCAAGGCAGAUCCCUUUUCAAGCACCAGAUGCUGUACCCUAUCCAAGUUGUAAACUGGUGAGCACUCAGGUGCUUAUUGUGCUUUACCCUAAUCUUCAACAUACCUCAACACGCAUGCUGUGGUCUUCAUCCCCACGAUGACAUGAGAGCACUUGAAACAUAUUGAGCCAUGGAUUCACGAUGCGCUGGCUUCCUGUGCAAGGGCUUCACCGGAGUCCGAUACGUUGAACAUAGAAUCCUAUUCCGAGAAUAUUUGAAUAAAAGAUGACGCAGUUGUCUUGAAUUCUUAAGGCGGCCUCCUGAAGAAAGGUUCGGAAGAAAGGUCGAAUUGUCGGCUCUACUUUUGGUUCAGAACAGCACAUUUG